GUUAACUAACGCAGUUAGACGUUAUUAUUAAUUAAAGAAUACCUAGUGCAGAAGUUGAACUAGAUAUGGUCCUGUUGUCCGAUAUUCGGGAUCAAUCGCCCUAUACAAAUAGCAAACAAGAAGAUAAUGUCAGUGAAAGUGAAAAGUCAUACGAAAUUUUACUGAACUUCGAUGAAUACACCGCGCAAGAAAAGAAGGACGAUGAAAAUACUUGUUUUAUUUUUAAUAGACCAGGUUUGGAUUUCAUAGAAGGGCCUGGGGAAGACUUUGAAAGAGCUCUUGAAAAUACAGGAUUUGGCAAAUUCCAUUUUGCGCUUCUGACAGUAUGCGGUCUCAUAUACCUGAACACUGCCAUGGGCAUCACCAUGAUUUCGAUGGUACUACCGUCGGCUACCUGCGAUUUUCAAAUGACUUCUACAGAUAAAGGAUGGCUUACCGCCUCCCCCAUGUUAGGGAUGGUUAUUGGUUCCUACUUUUGGGGUUGUUUGGCGGAUACUAAAGGGCGUAAGAUAGUUUUAAUAGCGGCACUUUUGAUGGACGGAAUAUGUGGACUUUUGUCAAGUGUAGCUCAAAAAUUUUGGCUGUUCAUGUUUUUGCGAUUUUUAAAUGGAUUUGCAAUAACCGGAGCCAUGGGCAUAUGCUUCCCAUAUUUGGGAGAAUUCCAGCCCAGUAAAUACAGGGAGACGAUACUGUGUUGGAUGGAACUAUUCUGGACAGUGGGAGUUAUUGUACUUCCAGGAAUCGCAUGGAUUAUAAUACCAAUGGAGUUUAAAUACUUCUACCAUACGUUUCAAUUCGCCAGUUGGAAUUUAUUUGUUGCUGUAUGUGCUGUACCCAGCCUACUGAUAGGUUUUUGGCUGUUUUGUUUUCCGGAGAGUCCAAAAUUUCUUAUGGAAUGUGGAGAGCCAGAUGCCGCUUUGGAAGUCCUAAAGGAGAUGUAUGCAAGUAACACUGGAAAAUCGUCAGCUAAUUUUCCGAUCAUGAGUCUCAGAGAAAAACAGAGAACUCUGAGUGUGGUGUCCCAAAUGUCAACUAGGAGUGUUCGAAACUUGAGGAUUCGGAAGCCCAAAGAACUAAAGUUGCUACUGCAGGAAAUAUGGGAACAGACCAAAGCGCUUUGUCAUGCUCCGCAUCUAAAAUAUACUGUGAUAACGUGUUUGAUUCAAUUCGGAGUUACUUCCAGCUACUAUACAUUGAUGUCAUGGUUUCCGGAUCUAUUUAAUCGUUUCGAAGAGUUCGAAAGCGUCCAUCCAGGCCAAAGAGCAUCAGUUUGUGAAGUGUCAGGAAUCGUAUUGGGCAACAAUACGGAAAUACAGGAGGAAUUUUGUGGCGAACCGGUUCCUGAGUCUGUCUUCUUCCACACACUUAUUGUAGGUUUGGCUUGCAUCCCAACCAGCUUUUGGUUACCCUUAUGUGUCCAUCGACUUGGUGCCAAAUUCUUUCUAGUUUUCAGCCUUCUAGUGGCUGGAGCCGUUACAGGGGGAUUGUAUUUUGUAAAUUCCUCUGUGUCAAACUUAGUAUUAUGCUGCAUAUUUGAAGCUCUAACCAGUUUAGGAAUUAGCACAGUCUAUUGCGUUAUGGUGGACCUAUUUCCGACAAACUUAAGGUAAGAAUCAAUUACUAUUGAAA